GGUGCGUUCGCCUUGGUAGGGGCUGCAAGUUUUUUUGGUGGGGUCUCCAGGCUCACCAUGUCGUUGGCUGUCAUCAUGGUGGAGCUAACGAAUGACGUGCAGUUCCUCCUGCCAAUCAUGUCAUCAAUCAUGGUGUCCAAAUGGGUCGGCGAUCUUUUUACACAUCCUUAUUAUUUGAGUCUGCUUGAGCACAAGUGCAUUCCUUAUCUGCAUGCUGAUCCUGUUGUCAAUGUCGAUGGUCGAAGGUCUGCCAGUGACGUCAUGGCUCACCCCGUCGUCAUGCUGACCUGUAAGGAACGGGUCAGCCGACUGGCCAGUGUCUUACUACAAUGUAACCAUGGAGGAUUUCCGGUUAAUAUGGCGGCCAGAGAUGGCAGAGGUGAUGGAGGUGGGGAGGUAUUUUUCGGUCUCAUCAGCAGGUUGCAGUUGAUCAUCCUCCUGAAGAAUGAGAAGGUUUUUCAGAGAUGUGACUUGGAAAAUGUGGCUGACCAUCGUCGUCGUCGUCAUCGUUGUCAUCAUCACGUCGUUGAUGAUGACGAUACGUCAGAAGGUCCUAGAAAGGUCCCUCUGCUGAGCUAUCUCGAGGUUGUUAGUUGCUCCGUCGCCCGUGCUCCGUACGUGAACCAAUCAGCGGUGAGCAUCCCUCGGAACUUUUCCCUGCACAGAGCGUACAUCAUCUUCCGGGCUCUGGGCUUGCGUCACAUGGUCGUCCACAACGGGGCCAACAUGGUGGUCGGUAUCAUUACUAGGAAGGAUCUC